GGGCGCGGCGGGCGCGGCCGGGCGCGCGGCGGGCGCGGGCGGCGGGCGCGGGCAGACGGGCGCGGGCAAGCGGGCGCGGCGACCAUGGCCUCCAAGUGCCCCAAGUGCGACAAGACCGUGUACUUCGCCGAGAAGGUGAGCUCCCUGGGCAAAGACUGGCACAAGUUCUGCCUCAAGUGUGAGCGCUGCAACAAGACUCUGACGCCUGGGGGCCAUGCUGAGCACGACGGGAAGCCCUUCUGCCACAAGCCCUGCUACGCCACGCUGUUUGGGCCCAAAGGUGUCAACAUCGGGGGUGCCGGCUCCUACAUCUACGAGAAGCCCGCGGCUGAGAGCACUCAGGUCACGGGUCCCAUUGAGGUGCCCGUGGCUCGAGCCCCUGCCGAGGAGCGGAAGGCCAGCGGCCCCCCAAAGGGGCCCAGCAAAGCCUCCAGCGUGACCACCUUCACUGGGGAGCCCAACAUGUGCCCGCGCUGCAACAAGAGGGUCUACUUUGCCGAGAAGGUGACUUCGCUGGGCAAGGACUGGCACCGGCCGUGCCUGCGCUGUGAGCGCUGUGGGAAGACACUGACGCCGGGCGGCCACGCCGAGCACGACGGCCAGCCCUACUGCCACAAGCCCUGCUAUGGAAUUCUCUUCGGACCCAAGGGCGUGAACACUGGGGCCGUGGGCAGCUACAUCUACGACAAGGACCCUGAAGGCAAAGUGCAGCCCUAGGUGGGGGCGAGCCCGCUUGUCCUGCCACCCUGCCCUGCCCGCAAAUGCCGCUCCUGCAUCUGCGGUAGCUGCAAGAUGUACCCUCUGCUCCCGUUACCCUCCCAGCUCCCGUCCCGGGUUGUCCCUGUGUGGUGCCCGGCUGGUCCCCGAGGGACCCUGUCCCCUGCCCCCCUGCCCCGUGCUUGCCGCCAGUGUUAUUUAUACCGUCCUCGCCCCUGGUGGCCACGCCAGGCCGCUCCCAGCGCCCCGCUGGAGGGCCCCUGCCGGCCGCCCCGGCCCACACUGCCUCCAGCGGCCACUGCCCAGCUGCUGUCAAUAAAGGUUGCGGAUCACA